AUGGACGAUAGCGAUGCAGCGAGCGGCGAAGACGUGCCUACGGCGGCUUGCUCGGAGUGCACGAAAAUUGUCGUUUCACAGCAGUGCAGAUUUCUUCCCCUUUCAAUCGGCCUAGUUGAUGCAGUAGUUGAUGGGUGUCUUGACACAAUCAAGACGUAUGAUUACGAAGAUCAUAUUCAUCGGAGAAUCAUCGUGGUGCUGUACUGCUUCCAUAUCUACUUGUGCUUGGAGAUUAUGUUGGUCGUGGCAGCAGCCACGGCGCGGUGGCUUCUGUCGGCUGAGCUCGAGCCGCAGUUCAACGAGCCGUACCUCUCGACCUCUCUCCAGGAUUUCUGGGGUCGCCGGUGGAACCUCAUGGUAAUGCGUAUGCCGCGGCCCACCGUAUACCCGUGCUUGACUGGUCAACGGCGGUGGGCGGCAGGUGGCGGUGGACGGCGGGGGAGAGAUAGUGGUGGUGGUGAUGGGCAGAGAUGGUGGACGUCGGGGAGAGGUGUGAGGGGCUGA